UUUGAGCAGGAGUCAUUCAUACUAGGCAUUUUGCUCAGAAAAUACCUGUACCAAGGAAUGGUAAUAUCCUUUGUGGUCACAUGUUACAGGAUAAUCCUAUGUGAAGACCCCAAUGCAGACACCGAGUGGAAUGAUAUCUUACGCAAAAAAGGCAUCUUGCCCUCAAAGGAAGAUUUGAAAGAUCUGGAGAAGGAGGCAGAAGAAGAGGAGCAGCGGAUCCUCCAGCAGUCCAUUGGUGAGCUUACCUGUGUUUGUGAUUCUGUGUCUCUCUGCUUAGGAAACACUUGGCAAGCCUCUAACUGCUUCAACCUGAGGGAGGUGAAUGAGCAAUGUAACACCUUAACUACUUUUUAUUUUGGUUUUUCCGAGUGGAAAGCAACCCAGCUGAAGAAUAAAUUUGGAGAGGUUUUGGAAAUCUCGGGAGAGGAUUAUGUUCAGGAAGUUACGAAAGCUGGUGAGGGCCUGUGGGUCAUCCUGCACCUUUACAAGCAAGGGAUUCCCCUCUGUGCUCUGAUAAAUCAGCACUUCAGUGCACUUGCCAGGAAGUUUCCUGAUGUCAAGUUUAUCAAAGCCAUUUCAACCACCUGCAUCCCCAAUUACCCUGAUAGGAAUCUGCCCACGAUAUUUGUGUACCUCGAAGGUGACAUCAAGGCCCAGUUCAUCGGCCCUCUGGUGUUUGGUGGCAUGAGCCUGACACUGGACGAGUUGGAGUGGAAGUUGUCUGAAUCUGGAGCCAUCAAGACGAGCCUGGAGGAGAACCCCAGGAAGCCCGUGGAAGACGUGCUGCUAUCUGCGGUGCGGUGCUCCGUCCCCGCCAGGAGGGACAGCGAUUCCGAGGAUGACUGAGGCCGUGGCCCUGGCAACCAGCUGAACUUUCUCGAUGUGAUACAGCGUCUGAACUUUUUUUAAAAAAGGAAAAAGUAGGAACGUAUACUGUGGUUUUUUUAGUCUUUUAUAUUAUGUUCUGAAUCUCAUAGAUCUAAGAAACAAUCAUUGCUGGGAAUCCUUUUAAAUUUCUGGGAACUCUCUUUUUAAAUUAAUAGUAUUUCCUUAAGAAAAAAAUAAAAGCCAGAUAUUAGUUUGGCUGAUGUCUGUGUUUUCCUCGCUUAUAUUUUAGGUCAGCUGUAAGACUAUUCGUUCACAUAAAACUGUUCAAAAAGAAA